UGAUGGAUAUUACUGGCGGUAUGAAACCACUGUUCGGAGGGUAUCCAUUUCAAGGACAAGGAAGAAUGAAUCAAUUGGGUGGAGUAUUUAUCAAUGGUAGGCCGCUACCAAAUCACAUACGCCGACAAAUUGUCGAAAUGGCAGCAGCUGGUGUGAGGCCUUGUGUAAUUUCCCGGCAACUUCGCGUAUCCCAUGGUUGUGUAUCCAAGAUACUCAACAGGUACCAGGAAACGGGAUCCAUUAGACCUGGAGUAAUUGGCGGCAGUAAACCGCGAGUCGCUACUCCAGAAGUUGAAGCCAGAAUUGAAGAAAUCAGGCGACUGGACCCGACGAUUAUGACUUAUCAAAUACGAGAAAAACUUAUCAAGGAGGGCUUCUCCGAUCCACCGAGUGUCAGUUCCAUUAGUAGGCUGUUGCGCGGAGGCAGAUCAGGCGACGACGGCAAGAAAGAUUACACUAUCGAUGGCAUACUGCGUGGCGGUCGGUGCGAUGAUUCAGAGACUGAGAGUGAACCUGGUAUCCCAUUAAAACGUAAGCAGCGUCGUAGUAGAACGACAUUUACUACUGCGCAAUUGGAACAAUUAGAAAUUUCAUUUCAACGUGCACAAUAUCCUGAUGUUUAUGCUAGAGAAGAAUUAGCUCAACGCACUGGUUUAACUGAAGCACGAAUACAGGUAUGGUUCAGUAACCGCAGAGCACGGCUUCGCAAACAUACCGGCAGUAUUAUGCCUUCGAUACCAAGCUUACCAUUGACAGCGUGUCAAUACCCAGGUUCACAUGAAUUAGGACAAUUGUCACAAGUGCCACAGAUGGCCGUUGGAAUGCCUGCGAGUCAGGUCCCGACGAGUCUACACCAAGCGUCUCCAGGGGCGUUGCAUCAAAUGACACCACCGACAAGUGUCCACGACAUGACACCCAGUACACUGAGCAGUCAUAUGUCUAGCACGAUGGCUCAAGUGCCCACGACGACUAUGAGCUCUGGAUUACAUUCACACUCUGUCGCAAUACCUGGUUCACUUAGCAGUCUAUCGGGUCACGGAAAUAAUGUAAUGCAAAUUGGCCAGGUGCCGACAAUUCAACCGCCUACUGCUCAUGCUGCACCGACCUCUUUAAGUCAUACCCAUAACUCUGGUAAUGCAGACUGGUCUCGAGCACAGCUCGGGUGGGGACAGUUCAACCACUUCCAGAGCAACGACUACACAUCCAGUCACUCCAGUCAUCAUCCUUCCAGUCAUACAAGUCUUGGUAGUCAAGUGUCCAGUGGUACUAAUCCUACAGCUGAAUGGGGAUACGAUCAGGGUUAUGAUUAUGCACAGCAUGCACAGCUUAAUUAUCACCGCAGUGUCGGUGGAAUUUUUUAG